AGUCAGUAUAGUUUUAAGAAUGAGGUUUAACACAGUUUUGUGUGUUGCCAUGGUUGUACUUCUCAAUCUAGCAGGCUCUUUCUGUCAGCUAGAUGUCUGUGGCCAAACCUCCCUUAACACAAAGAUUAUUGGAGGAGAGAAUGCAAAUGCAGGGUCUUGGCCCUGGCAAGUAAUGAUCAAGUUCACCAGCUCUGAAGUUAUUUAUACCUGUGGUGGGAGUCUCAUCAAUAAAGACUGGGUUUUGGCUGGAGCUCACUCUAUUUAUAGCUUCAACAACAUUUCAGACAUUGUGAUCUACUUGGGAAGUCAGAACCUGAAAGGCCCAAACCUGCAUGAGAUAAACAGAACAGUAAUUCAACUUAUCAAACAUCCUGACUUUGAUCCAAAGAGUUUUGACAAUGACAUAGCACUGCUUCAGCUCUCCUCUUCUGUGAAUUUCACUGAUUAUAUUAAACCAGUCUGUCUGGCUGCUGCUGGUAGUGAAUUUGGUGAAGGACUUUCAAGUUGGUUGACAGGAUGGGGGUACACCUCUGAUAGUAAGCGAAUCCCAUUACCUGACAUAUUACAGGAAGUCGAGGUUCCAUUUGUGAGCAACUAUAACUGUAGUAUUUUCUAUAAUGGAACGCUCAAUAUCACUGACAACAUGCUGUGUGCUGGACUAAUAAAUGUUGGAGGCAAGGGCCCGUGUUCGGGUGAUUCAGGAGGGCCACUGAUCAGUAAGCAGCACUCCAGAUGGAUUCAGGCUGGAAUUGUGAGUGUUGCAAUAAGUUCUACGUUCUGUGUGGACCCCAUGUUUCCAACUGUGUUCACCAGAGUGUCUAAAUAUCAGGAUUGGAUCAAUGCUGCUAUAGUCACCAACCAGCCUGGAUUUGUAAAAUUCCCUGAUUAUAAUUAUUAUACUCCAGAUUAUAGGCCUACUACACCAGAUUGUCCCUAUCCUUUAUUUCCUGAUAUUUUCAGUGGAAGCUCAUCCAGUCUUUACUUCCUUCCUUCACUUUCUCUUACAUUCUCCAUCAUCUCUCUCAUUGUCUGUCUGUUUAAUAUGAACAUGAAGUUGAACACAGUUUGGUCUGUUACUCUAGCUGUACUUCUUAAUCUAACAGGUUCUUUCUGUCAGCUAGAUGUGUGUGGCCAAGCACCCCUUAACACAAAAUUUAUUGGAGGGAAGGAUGCGAAUGCAGGGUCUUGGCCCUGGCAAGUAAGCAUUAACGAAAUCAGCUAUCAAAACCAUUUCUGUGGUGGGAGUCUCAUCAAUAAAGACUGGGUUUUGUCUGCAGCUCAUUGUUUCCAAAGCAUCGGCAUGUCAGACAUUGUGAUCUACUUGGGACGUCAGAACCAGCAAGGCCCAAACCCGCAUGAGAUAAACAGAACAGUGAUUCAACUCAUCAUUCAUCCUAACUAUGACUCAGAUACUGAAGACAAUAACAUAGCACUGCUUCAGCUCUCAUCUUCUGUGAAUUUCACCGAUUAUAUUCAACCAGUCUGUUUAGCUGCUGCUGGUAGUGUAUUCAAUGAAGGACUUUCAAGUUGGGUGACAGGAUGGGGGGCCUCUCUAGAAAAAUUAUUUCCUGAUACGUUCCAGCAAGCAGAGAUUCCAAUUGUGAGCAACAAUGACUGCAAUAUUGGUUAUAAUGGUAUUAUGACAGAUAACAUGCUUUGUGCUGGACUGUUGAAUGAUGAUGGAGAAACCCCAUGUCAGUAUGAUGCUGGAGGGCCACUGGUCAGUAAGCAGGGCUCCAGAUGGAUUCAGUCUGGAAUUGUGAGUUUUAAUCAAGGCUGUUUGGAUCUCACAUUCCCGAGUGUGUUCACCAGAGUGUCUCAGUACCAGGACUGGAUCAACAUUUACACACUCAACAACCAGCCUGGAUUUUUUACAUUCCCUGAUGAUUACGAUUAUGCUCAAGAUGGCAUUUCUAAUAUUACUAGUAUUUUCAGUGGAAGCUCAACCAGCCUUUACUUACCACUUACCCACACAUGCUCUAUUGCCAGUCUCAUCUUUUGUUUCCUUAUUCAAAGGUUGUCUGAGUCAUCAUGA